GAAGGUGGUAUAAAACCCGCGUUCCGGGCUCGAGGUCCUUCACUCUGAGCACCGUCACACGCAGCUCGUGCGGGAUAUCAUUUGCCUGAAACCACUUCCCUAAAAGCGAAAAGCCCCCCCACCCAAAGUUCAGCCAUGGAAGAUGAAAUCGCCGCACUGGUUGUUGACAACGGAUCCGGAAUGUGCAAAGCCGGAUUUGCUGGAGAUGACGCUCCUCGUGCCGUCUUCCCCUCCAUCGUCGGACGCCCCAGGCAUCAGGGCGUGAUGGUCGGCAUGGGACAAAAGGACAGCUACGUUGGUGACGAGGCCCAGAGCAAGAGGGGUAUCCUCACCCUGAAGUAUCCCAUCGAGCACGGUAUUGUGACCAACUGGGAUGACAUGGAGAAGAUCUGGCAUCACACCUUCUACAAUGAACUGAGAGUUGCCCCCGAGGAGCACCCCGUCCUGCUUACAGAGGCCCCCCUGAACCCCAAAGCCAACAGGGAGAAGAUGACCCAGAUCAUGUUCGAGACCUUCAACACACCCGCCAUGUACGUUGCCAUUCAGGCUGUGCUGUCCCUGUACGCCUCUGGUCGUACCACCGGUAUCGUCAUGGACUCCGGUGAUGGUGUGACCCACACAGUGCCCAUCUACGAGGGUUACGCUCUGCCCCACGCCAUCCUUCGCCUGGACUUGGCUGGCCGUGACCUCACAGACUACCUCAUGAAGAUCCUGACAGAACGUGGCUACUCCUUCACCACCACAGCUGAGAGGGAAAUUGUGCGUGACAUCAAGGAGAAGCUGUGCUACGUCGCCCUCGACUUCGAGCAGGAGAUGGGCACCGCUGCCUCCUCCUCCUCUUGUUAAUGGCUUCCCCCCUCU